AUGGCGGCAGUUCAGCGGAUGACCCGGAAACUGUCUGAAGAGCGUGCCUCGGUCUUGGCCAAAGAAGCCGUUGAAUUGUCUCUGGCAGGUGACAAAACACAAGCUUCGAGAAAGCUCAGAGAGGCCGCCGCUCUGACUCAUGACAAUACGGACGUUCAAGCGGCCUUUCUGGCCAUCCACAACGACCAGCUCAAUUCGCCACUUCUAGACUUGUGUCGAAAAUACGCACUGUACCGGGAUAAUCGUGCCGGAGAUGAAGCCGUCAAAUACUUGACCAGCCCGGAAGCCUCAAAUGCUGCUCCGGCAGCGUUGGAAUGUCUCCGAACGAUCCUCGAGAACCAGCCGGUGCCCUCCAUGUCCAACGCCCAAAAUUUCAUCAUCGCCGAGCUUGCAAGACAAUUUCCAGCUGUGCGCGAGUAUUUCGCCUCGGAACUCCAAGAAUCCACGACCAAAUUCUUCGACAAUGUCUAUGACCGUGGGGACGAUGCGGCUAACUGCCUUCGAUCCGUCGUCCUCGAUGACAAACUCUGGCCGUCUGAAGAGGUUAGACUUCGCGUGGAAGACGACCUGUUCCAGCUGUUCCUGGCCAAACUGAUGGAGAGUGGCCACGACCAUGAUGGGAGAGCUCUCAAAGGCAUCGCCCUCCUACUCAUGGCCGAUAUGCAUCGAUUACAGUCCUUCGUCGACGAGGAAGCAUUCGAGGCUCUCAUGGGCUCCUUGGACUUGAGACUACCCGCCGACGUUCGAGGUCAAGCCACGCUCGUGCUCUCCAAAUAUUUUGAAGUCGCCAACGCCACCGGGCAAGAAUUUCUCUACAAGUAUAUCACUACCCAUGUUCAACGCCAGAAAGGCGACGAUCUGGUCCUUGCUUUCUCUGCUGCCGCAAGUCUCUUCCCCGUCAUUCCCACCAUGGUGGCCGAAUUAUUCUUAACCGACGGCUUCCUCAGCUCCAUCAUGCCUCUCCUAGAAAAACAUUUCAGCAGCAAUGCUGUGCACGAUGCUUUCCUUCUUCUCCUCAACGCCGCAUGCAUAGACGGUGCAUGCCGCACGGCGAUCGCCCAGUAUUGCUCGGCUUGGUUAUCACAAAAAGUCGGCAACGGCACAGGCAAACAGCCGGCAGUGGCAGCCACCGUCCUGGCAAAAUUGAGGACUUCGGGCGUCAAGACCGGAGAUCAGAGAGCCAACCGGGCGGAUGAUGAUGUUAGUGAACUCGUUGAUCUCUUUAAAAACACUCUAGCUGUUGAAGAAGGACGGAACGUAUCUGACUCGAUUGAAGGCCUUGCGUAUACAUCUCUGAAACCCGAGGUCAAGGAAGCCCUAGCCAAAGAUCCUGCCUUUCUCAAGUCUUUGCUCGGUGCUCUCGAAGCAAAUCCCGACUCUCCAGAGAUCGUCGUUGGGGGGUUGAGCAUCAUCUCAAACCUUACCCAGUACGCCCCAGUCCUCUCAGAAGAACAGAAGAAAAUCUCCCAGCUCAAGGCAUAUGCCAACGCCACGAAACCGGCCGAUCCAAGUCCUCUGGAGAACGAUGACCACGUCCGAGCCCGGUGUACUGCCGUAGUCGAGGCAGGAACCGUGGCCCUGUUGACCAAAUUGAACAAGGGCAGAUCUCCAGCUGCCGCCCAGCUGACGGAUCGAAUUCUCCUGGCCCUGUCCAGGAAUUCGAAAGACAGAGGCAAGAUCGCUCAGCAGGGGGCAGUGAAACUCUUAAUCUCUCACGCCCAGCAAAACCUGGAGUCAUCGGAGAGCGACAAUACCGACGCCGCUCAUGCGCUCGCCAGGAUUCUAAUUUCACUUAAUCCAGCGCAUUUAUUUGCAGCCGGAGCCAGGCCAGACGUCACUGAGGCGGUACCACCACUGGUGGCACUACUGAAAUCGGUUCGGAGUGAAGGUCUAAGUAAUGAUCAACCACGCGAUUUACUCCCGGUCUUCGAAAGUCUCCUCGCGCUGACCAAUCUCGCCACAGCCCCGGAGCCAUAUGCGGCCAACAGUAUCAUCAAGUCGGCCUGGGACGAGAUUGAAGAUCUUUUGAUGGGAAACAACAAGAUGAUCCGACGUGCCGCCUGUGAACUGAUUUGCAAUUUGACAGUCAUACCCACCGGGGCGGAGAAAUUCGCGGAUGGCUCCAAACGUGCCAACACGAGACUCCAUCUUCUCGUCGCCAUGGCUGACGUGGACGACCUACCGACCCGACGAGCGGCCGGUGGCGCUUUAGCCAUGCUCACGGAACAGUAUCCCUCCGUGGUCUCUGCUCUGCUCGACCUCGCCCGUGCUCCAGAGAUUCUUUUGGAUCUGUGUCAAGAUGAUGACCCAGCCGUGGUUCACAGGGGAUUGGUCGUUGUGAGAAAUCUGUUAUGUGAACAUGAUGAUGUGGAACUCGUCAACAGAGCGAAAGAAGCGUUGAUCAAGAAUGGUGCCGCGGAGAAGCUGAAGACGGCGCUGAAGAAGACGAAAGACCCGGCGUUGUUGCAGAUCGGCGUUGACGCGCUCAAAGUCUUGGUCGGUACCAAGAAACAAUGA